AGGCACCCAAGUUUCCGGUAAUGCAACUGGUAUGAGUUUAAUGGACAAGGAAGAGAUAUUUGUUUAGAUUUAGUCUAGAAAACUCCUAUAUUCAGUUUUCAUCUACGAGUUUGGUUCUUUUCAAAAAUAGUUAGAAUGCCUCUAUUUUCCCAAAACCCAUUUGACCAAGAUGUUGAGAAGGCAACAAACGAAAACAACACGACAGAUGACUGGGGGCUCAUUAUGGACAUUUGUGAUAAAAUUGGAACAACACCCAAUGGACCAAAAGACAGCUUGCGAUCCAUCAUGAAGAGAGUCAACCACAAAGUACCUCAUGUUGCCAUGCAGGCCCUAAAUUUAUUGGGUGCCUGUGUUUCCAACUGUGGUAAAAUAUUCCACUUGGAAAUCUGCUCAAGAGAGUUUGCCAGUGAAGUACGGAGUGUGCUCAACAAAGCCCAUCCCAAAGUGUGCGAGAAACUGAAAGCUCUAAUGGUGGAGUGGGCAGAAGACUUCCAGAAGGAUCCACAACUCAGCCUAAUCGGUGCCACUAUCAAGUCUUUGAAAGAGGACAGUGUCACGUUCCCCACUGCAUUUUCACAGGGGUCGAGCACAAAGGUCAGCACACCUGCUGUGAGCAAAGCAUCAGAUGAUGACGAUCUGGCCAAAGCCAUCGAGCUGUCCUUGCAGGAGCAGAAGCAGCAGGCGGAAACGAGGCCCCUGACCGUGACCUCCGACCCACCAAACUGCUCUAAUGGCGGCGGGGGGCAGGAAGCACGGAAGGUGCGCGCUCUCUACGACUUUGAAGCAGCCGAAGACAAUGAACUGACGUUUAAAACUGGAGAAGUGAUUCUGGUCUUGGAUGACAGUGAUCCAAACUGGUGGAAAGGCGAGAACCACAGAGGAGUGGGGCUCUUCCCCUCCAACUUUGUCACAACUAAUUUGAUAGAGCCAGAGCCAGUGGCGUAUGUUGAAAAGACAGUGACUCCUGAAGAGCGGAGCCCAGAGCCCAUUCUUGAACCUGAGCCCGUCGUUAUUGAUGAGGGGAAGAUGGACAGAACACUGGCACUGCUUCAGAAUGCAGAUCCUGCAGAUCCAACUCCUGACUCGCCAGAUCUGAUCCAGCUGGAAGGUGCAUGUCAACAGAUGAACCCACUGAUUGAUGAGAAGCUACAGGAGAUUGACAGGAAGCAUUCUGAGUUGUCAGAGUUGAAUGUGAAGGUUUUGGAGGCCCUGGAACUUUACAACAAACUUAUGAAUGAGGCUCCGUUCUAUUCAGCCUACUCCAAGAUGCAGCAGGCGUACGCCCCGCCCGGCUCAGCCAUCACCAUGCAGGGUUACCUCGGGCCAGCAAGCGCUCCCUACCUGCCUCCAGUGAUGCCCCAGCUUCCUCCUGCACAGGCGUACAAUCUUCCCACCGACCAGCCCGGACCACUACAAUCACUACCCCCCAAUGUAUCCGCCCCCCCCAGCAGCCAAGCGGCUCAGCCUCCCUACAUGAGCGGCGGAGUGAAUGCUCAGUAUAUGACCCCAUGUGCUGGAGCUCCUUAUCCACCCCAGGCGGGUGUGGCCAUGGACACGUCGGCCUAUCACAACUCCAACAUGGCUCCCGUAUCCUAUCCUGUCGCUGCCCCCCCCCACCAGGCCCCCCAGCAGCAGCAUGCGGCCUAUUAUCAGCAGCCUCUGCUGUAAAGCUCCCACUGACAGCAGACCCCCGAUGAAUACGUACCUCAGAUAUUCCAGCUGCUAGCUGUGUGUUCAUUCGGCUUGCUCUGUGCCAGUGAGCUCAUAGCUUUAAGAUCAUUCUUUUAAUUGUGUGUGUUUGUUUAGUUGUUUCUUUGUUCUGGUCAAGCUGGAGCAGACACACGCUGGUGAGAGUUGAAGUAACUGAGGUGUGUUUAACAUCCAGGUCUGCUGCUCCACCGAGUUAGGACUCGGCUACUGUGGAGCCUAAGCCUGGUGCCGGGGGGCUUCCUCCUGUCCUACCCUUCAUUGUCUGCGCUGGGGGUCAGCGUCACGAGGCAACACACACGUUGAGAUGGGUUUGCUCACCAGCAGAGUUCACGACCUGCCUUUGUCUCAUUUAAGGAAAUCAGCGUUUUACAGCCCAUAAACGCAGUCCUGCUAUUCACCAUCCACCGCCUACGACCCUCCAUUCAACAUAUAAUCUUGUGAAGUGGUAACAGCGGGUCGGGCCAUGUCCACGCUAUUGCAGAUAAAUGGACUUUUAUUCACACUAUCCUCCACACUGACCGUGAAGUGAGCAGCGCAGCAUGUAGCCUAGUGAGAUAGAACCAUGGGUUGUAGGUCUUAAGAAUCCUCCUGGAUGUCGAUCAGUUCAUGUGAGGAACAGUUUGUUCUGACCGUCUCUUUGUUCAUAAGUGCAUUGUUCACUGAAUGAUUCACACACUCUGGGCUGUUGAGGGAGCUCGUGUUUCUGCAGAACCGGCACUUGUUAAUUGACGAUUUGACAGGUUGCAGCGUGCAGUUAUUGAAAAGCCAGGAACUUCCCCGUGUUUGUUCUCUCUGAAGUACAGACUUUGCUCUUUUUAAACAUCAGAUACGCGCGCUACCAGAUCCUUUAGCAUGGAUGGUUAAGUUUGCUUUCCUCCAAACUCUGCCUUGUGAUGCUGUCUGUGCUUGUAGUGGACAUAUUUAAGAUAAAUCUGUGUGUGUGUGUGUGUGUUUCCUUUUCUAUGUUUGAGGACUUAUCCACAAUAGGUUUGUUCUUUUGUUGCGUCAUAACAUGACACUGAUUUUACGAGAAUCAACAUAUUUUGGGUGAAUUCAGAUUUUGUUGUUUGGGGAUCUGGGCAAAAACUGCAUUUGUUUGUCACUUCCCUGUUGCCUCUGUUUUUCCCAGAUUGGUGGAACUUGGAACUCCACAUUUUAUGCAAGUGCACGAAGUUUCAUUUCCAGAUGCUUGUUUUCAACCUGUCGGUGACGUUGCCAGUGCUUUGGUUUAUAUGGACACAUGUGUAAUUAACAUGGUUUAAGAAUGUGCAAUGGUUGUUCUCAUUUCGCAUCCACCUUUUAAUCCCUGAGCAAAAUUCCAAUGGACCAAAAUCUUGGGAAGGUUCAAAAGUGUGACACAAAUGUUUUGUAUGUUAAUUGAAGUGACUUGUCAUGUUUUAAGGCAGUGUGUUGUAUUUCUUCAGCUUCUGGGUUUAAAUCAAGGAGCAACUUUUAAUAGACUCUUUAAUCUUGUUGCAGUAGCUCCUUCGUUUAACGGCCUCCUAUUCAAGGCUCUGUACAUUUAGAUGUAAAAUACCUGGUUUCGUCAGUGAUAUUGACUGUGCACCUUAGCUUUGUAAACAUUUAUUUACCACUGGAUGCCUUGUUUCUCUGUGGAAAAGAAUGACACGAAUACAACUUCAGACUCAGAAGCCGCUGGAUAUGUAUAAUUCUGUAAAUUUAAAAUAUUCCAGGAAAAGUUCCUUAACCAGGAUUUUAAAAACACUGCUUUUGUAACAGAGCAAACAAAUAAAUAUUCUUGAAAAUAAAA